AAUAGCGAAAAAAAGACGAGGGAAUAAAGUUAUUCGACCGAUUUCGGUAGCCAUAGCGAAUUGCACUUUUCUCUCGCUCGAAAGUAGACAUUUGUCGGUGUCAGUGUGUGUGACAGUCACCUUUGUGUCAACCUGGCUGACGACAGCAGUGAGAAGCCAUUUAUGUGAGCAAAAGGGGCCGAACCAGCUAUAGAGCAUUUCGAUCUUUCUCUCUCUCUUUCUUCAUCAAUGAAUGGAAGUCAGCGUAGCCGGACAGGUAGAGUGCUGAGAUGCUGUCUUGCUCUUUUCGAAUGGGAGAAGCAAGAGGUGUGAGUGAGAUGGACGGCGCGGAACAAAGCAAUUAUCGUUCGGCUCUGCCCCUCUCCAAUGCGCGGCUUCUCGUGGAGUGAAUGAACGGUGUGUGGCUGAAUGAGUGCGAAAGAGACGACACGAGCUGUACGACACGGUCCGUAACCAUGGUACACGCACACCAGUGAGGCAACUCAUACAUGUCGGUCUGUUUUUACUGCUGCUCGUGGGUUGCUGCGCUUCGUUAAAUCAGUGUCGUCGCAGCAAGAAGUGAGGAAAAAUCAUCAUCAUCGUCGGUCUCGGUGCUAAUCGGUUCCCGGACUGUUUUUGUAUAUUUUUGGACGUCCAAGUGUGUUGAUAUGUUAUUUUAUCGUUGGAAACCGUCGCUGCAAUAGCAAAAUUUGCUCGCUCUCGAUCCCUUGAGCCGUCGCUGCCGCUUUUUUCGGUGCGAGGGUGUUCGUGUGAAUACGUACGUGUGUGUGUGGAGGUGGCUGUUUGUGCCCAAUUUCGGGGGUCCAGAACGGCAGCAGACCUAGCGCUCAGCAGCCAGUCAGUGUCAGAGCCGCACCGGUGGUGGAUGUGUGUUUUUUGUUGUUUAUCAUAAUAAAGUAAAAUUUUGAUUGAAAACAAUGUCGGUGUGAUAUUUACCUUCGACCGUCUCGCCUUUUUCGUAAAAAGCUCCGGGAUUUUAUUAUUAUUGAAAGCAAGACGAUUAGUGACAACACACAGUGCGAGUGAAAGUGAGAGAGGAUCCCCCAACAGAGUGUGGCAAAGAGUUGACGGGGAAAAAUAUUUGCACAAAUUUGUUGAACAAGAUAAUAUUGUUGGGAAUAACAAGUUGAACUGUUUAAACUGAAAACAACCCGCCCGAGUGGACAAGUCGACGACAUCAGCACGCGACCUUUUCGGCGGCGCAACCAUGCAUACCUUAUUUACGGAUCAGAAUACAUUCUCCCGGCAUUACGGCCAUGCCCAGCCGGGAUACCCGACGAAUACCGCCACGAUGGCUCCGGCUCAUCAUUAUCCAUACGAGCAAUACUCGCGGUAUACGUAUGCCGGAUCAGCGUACGCCUUGACGUCGCCUCAUCAAAACAAGGAGAUGGUCAAGCCUCCGUACUCGUACAUCGCUCUCAUCGCAAUGGCUAUCCAGAAUUCGUCUGAUAAGAAAGUGACGCUGAACGGUAUCUACCAGUACAUCAUGGAACGGUUCCCGUACUAUCGGGACAAUAAGCAGGGUUGGCAAAACUCCAUCCGGCACAAUCUUAGUCUGAACGAGUGCUUCGUGAAGGUGGCACGCGAUGAUAAGAAGCCUGGUAAGGGAAGCUACUGGACGCUUGAUCCUGACUCGUACAACAUGUUCGACAAUGGGUCGUUCCUGCGUCGUCGACGACGGUUCAAGAAGAAGGAUGCUCUGAAAGAGAAGGAAGAGAUGAUCAAACGCCAGAACAUGAUGCUGGAGGACAAAAUGGGUGAUAUCAAACCAAUCAAGAUAAUGGGUACCCACGGGCAUCAUCAUCAUUUGGACGGAAAGCAGCUCAGCCAUCAGUUCAAGCGUGAACCCGGCCUGGAUCUCGCCACGCAGUGCAUGGUAAAGGAUACGCUCGCACCAACCAUUCUCAACUCUUGCCACGAUUCGCUUGCCAGCCAGAUGAACCAUCUGUCCGCCACGGAUCACGGUUUCACGGUGGAUUCCUUGAUGAACGUCUACAAUCCACGUCUCCAUCAUACCUCCUACCCCUACCACUUCAACGAGGACAACCUGGUGACCACAUCGAGUCAGCUUCGUCACCACCACAGCUCGGCCCAUCAUCCACCACCACAUGGUGGCUGGUACACGCCGGAAACUCCACCAGAAUCCAUCGGAAACACGUCCGGAGGCAGUGCAUCGACGCCAACCAUCCCAACAUCAACGCCCACCUCAGUUGGAUUCCGCGAUAUGGUGUUCGAUCACAGCCAGGUCAACUGCCAAAUGGAUACGGGUAGUCCCAGUAACAGUCUCACCUCUGCCAGCCCACCGGUAAUUCCGGGAUCUACGAGUAACUCCGCAGCAGCAGCAGCCGCGGCAGCCGCCGCUGCCGGACACCUGUCCGCCGGGAACCUCAGCCACAUAGGACACUAUCGGUCACACGUCGGCUACUACCAGGACUGCGGCAUCAAGUACGGCGUGUAAAGGUACCCGCGCGAUAUUAGGCUAUAAGCGAUGUUCAGAUCUCGCACUCAGCGCUAGGAGCUCUCACGGAUUGAAGAAGACUUGAGAUUUUUCGUCGAAAUUUCUUGUUAGACCAGGUGCUCUCCAGCUCGAGGGGCCACUUCGCCGUGCGUGGCUGGCCUUGGCAAAUAUUUCCGUGGGAGCUUUGGCCAAAGUUGGUAGGGUUCCGAGUGGAUUAGCUAGUUUAUUUAUUUGAAUCGCUGUACGAUCAGACGGAACGUUGGAAUUCAAUUCAUGAUCGAAGUAGAGAGUAAACAACGAAUGGUGGGAACGCGCUAGAAAACUGUACAGGUGUGAGGUUUGAAUCAAUGGACUGACGCGAGCUUAAUUUAUUUCCAUUUUACGUUUUUAAGUGAUAAGCGGCAUCUAAAUCGAACAUCUCAUUCCCUGAAUCCAUACACACAAACAUAUGCCACCUCUAGCUAUUAACUGCAUAUAGUAGAAUCUGCAUAAAUAAAACAGUUUUAAAAUAUGUUAUAACUGUUCAAUAGACACACUUUCCAUUGGAAUCUGUAAAUGUCUGCACGGUUUUAAAAGUAUGUCCGAUGCAAAGUGUACGUGUUCUCGUAGCAAUUUUUCAAAAACACGCAAUUUGUACAUAGUAGUGAAUAGCUCAGUAGUAGAAAGAAUAUCGACGACUUGCAAUCGAACAAGCUUAUCUUUAUGUAAAAAAAGAAUACUCAAACUUGAAGCAUCAUAACGAAGGAAUGAACAAACAAUUUAGCGAUUAGUUGAACGUGCAAAAGGUUUUUUUUCUGUUUGAAACAAACAAAACAAUCCAAUUGACCGAUUGUACAUUAGCAAAAAAAGAAGGUAAAGUCAAGAGGCAAAAAAUCAAGUGAUGAAUCUGUGAAAUUGUGCACGUCAACAGCGGCAGAAACCGCAUCCGGAACAUACAUAUAAGAUACUUUUGGUGGCGCAAAAAAAACCAAACCGAAGCGAAUCUUUUGUGCGGGCCUAAUUUCCAUUUCUUUGUUUACAAGCUUCGGCUCCCUCUUUGGGACCGGUCGGGAACGGAACAGAUGCAACUGGCGGGAAGCGCGCCGCCGCACUCCAAACUUCUUUUGUAUAUAUUCAGCACGUGAAAUUUUAAAAGUUUGAACGUCAGGAAAGCUACUCUGUAUAGGAAAAUCGACGGAAGCUGCUGUGUGAAUUAUGAAUUUUCUCGUUCGCAACUCUCUGUGUAAAUUGUAAGCUUUUUCACUCAACUGGACUCGAGAAGGAUCGCUAUGCGCUAUUCUUUGAGGAUUCGUAUCUGUGUAACGUGCACCGCAAAACAGUUUAACAUAAUGCCUAGUAUUUAAUAAUAGAUUCAAAUUCAUUAUGGUAUAAAAAGCGAUGGAAAAGAAAAUAUUAUUAUAUCGAACAAAAUUUAA